AUGGCGCAGUCAACUUGGUCUGUCACGGCGUCAGCAGGAUCAGUGUCGCAGGAAGAGCAGCAGAGUGGUGCCUCGGAUCAGCCUCCCCUGGUGGUGGCGACGCGCGAGAAAGGCAAAAACGGCAAGCUGAUGAAGGCACUGAGUGCGAGGGGAGUGUCAGUGAUGGAGCUGCCGCUCAUCCAGCACUCAGACGGGCCCGACACCCACCGCCUGCCAGCCGUGCUUCAAGAAGAGGAGUUUGAGUGGAUUGUGAUAACCUCGCCAGAAGCUGCUUCAGUAUUCCUUACUGGCUGGAGAGCCGCAGGGUCGCCGGCGCUGAGGCUGGCAGUGGUGGGGGGCGGCACAGCGGAGGUGUUCCACCAGCUGGGCGAGCCCGAGAAGCACCUCCUGCCCGUCCAGUUCGUUCCCUCCAUAGCCACGGCCAAGUAUCUGUCGGCUGAAAUCCCGGAGAUUGAAGGCGGCAACCGCCGGGUGCUGUACCCCGCCUCGGCCAAGGCCAGCACGGAUCUCCAGAAUGGGCUGGCAAGCAGGGGCUUCCAAGUCACACGGCUCAACACAUACUCCACGGAGUCGGUGACGAGUGUGGACGAGGACACCAUACAGAGAGCCGCCAGGGCUCCUGUCGUUGCUGUGGCUUCUCCCACUGCUGUCAGGGCAUGGAUGGAGGUGGUGGCGUCUCGCACGCAGUGGGAUGGAGCUGCAGCGUGCAUAGGGGGAACUUCAGCCGAAGCUGCGAGAAAAGCAGGAAUCAAGAAGGUGUUUGCCCCAGAUAGCCCUGGAAUUGAAAGUGUUAUGGAAGCACUGGAAGCAGCACCUGCUGAAGCACAAGCGUAG